AUGGUGCGCAAAUCAAAACGCAAGUCUGAAGGAGAUUUGCCGAAUUGGAGGGUGAAGACGAGGAAGAGUGGUGGAGAUAGAAGUGGAUUGGAUGGGGAGGAGCGAGAGGAGGGGUUUGGUGCGGUUGCGGAUUGGGUUGAUAAGAAGGGGGUGAGGUGGGAUGGGAGGGAGAAAAAGGAUAUGAGUGGUAUUGCGGAUCAGUUUGAUAAGAAGAGUUUGAGGAGAGAUGGGAAAGAGAAAAAGAAGGAGAGGAAAAAGGGAAGAGUGUCGGAGCCUGCGAGGAUUGGUGGAGGGGGGUUGGGAGAGAGGGAGGAUGAGGAUGAGGAUGAGGAUGAGGAUGAGGAUGAGGAUGAGGAUGAGGAUGAGGAUGAGGAUGAGGAUGAGGAUGAGGAUGAGGAUGAGGAUGAAGAUAAUGGGGACGAGGAUUCGGGACAAGAGGCUAGCAAUGAUUUUCUGGAGCUCGACAAUCUUGAGAGGAAGAAAAAGAAGAGCGCCGAGAGAGCGAAAGCGCAGUUUAUGGAGAAAUUUAUUGGGACUGUGGAGAGAGAUGUGAAGGACUUCAAGGAAGCGGCGGCAGAAUUGGAGAGAGAGGUUUCAAUUGAAAAUAAGGACUUUCUGGAAGGCUUUCAUGCUGCUUAUUCUUUGUCGGCACCAUUCAAAACUGUUUCUUUUGAUUUCUCUUUGAAUCAUAAAAGAGGUCGAAUCAUGAUUACACGGGCGUUGGAGUUGAUUUCGCAAUUUGAUAACUUGGCCAAGAAAGAUAUCGCAAAGGAGUUGGCUGGAUUGUUUGGCAACAAAUGGAGCAAAGAGAAUGAAGAGAUUGCUAAGAUGCUUGAACUGGGGAAAAUGGUUGGGCUGAAUAAAUUCGAGUGUAUUGUGAAUGCUUCAAAGCCGGAGAUCUUAGAGACGGAUGCACUUGAAGUUUCGAAGAAAUUCUUUCCGGUUGUUGAAGAGGGAAGCAGUACUGGCUGGGGAAAGGAGGCGAAGAAACAUGAGAGGGCUCAUAAGAAAUUGCUUAAGGCUUUUGAGAGCAGGAGUUGA